AUGCCCGAGUCACAAGAUGGUGAGCCGCACUUCAGAACUCUAUCUAGAAAUGACAGGCCGACCCCGUUCGAGUCGUCGAUCAGUCCACGUGGAUUUGUUUCCCCUGGCAGCAAUGCGUCGUCGACAGAAUCUACCACUGGGGACCCGUUGACACCGCGACCUCCAGCAAGACGCAGUACUCGAUCCGCCCAAUCAACACCUUCUUCUUCAACACCAACUGUUCGAACACGUACUCGAACGCUCACCCCAGUGCCAGCACACCGGACGUACGCUUCAAGGUCUCGAACACUUUUCAAGUACAAAUUCGAGUUUUGCCUAACGGGUUUUGUGAAGACGGGCGAAGAGAAUUUGAAAGAACUGAUCGACGGACACGGUGGCAAAAUCCCCGAGCGGUAUCAAGACGUCCUGUACAAAAACAAUCGCAAGGCAGUCGUGAUCGCGACGCCUGUGUCAUGGCGCAAGCGCAAGUUCAUGCAGGCUAUUGCUUGUGGAAUUCCUGUCGUUCAUACCGAUUGGCUUAAGGAUUGUAUCGAAGCUGGCUAUGUGAUACCCUUCGAUGGGUAUCAAGUGCCUGCAGGCUACUCCGUUACCACUCGUAAAUUUGAGUGCUUCACCCCCAGAGAGCUAAACAUUUUUGAAGGCUAUUCCUUUGGCAUCGCUACUGAUGUUGAACAAGUGUCGAAGGCUGAAGCAAAGGACAAGGCCAAUUUGAUGGCGUUUAUUUUGAAGGCGUGUGGUGCGGAUGCUGUGUAUGAGAGCGACGUCGACGUGGAUAUUGUGUUGUGCGGCGAGUACACGCAGACAUGCCGAUACUAUAAGAAAAGGCGUCGCAUUCCUGUCAAAGACUUUCAAUGGGUAACUGAGUGCAUGCUCCUUCAGCAAUUCGUAGACCCUGAUGAACCCGUCUUCGAACCCCAGCGAAUUGGCUGCGAAGACGUUUUCUCAGCAAGCGCUGAAAUCGGCGAUAGUGACAGGACCACACUGAAACUAUACACAGGAGAGCUUGUGAUGGCUGACAUAUCUGGCAGCGCAGCUGACCACUAUCUCCUGUUCAAUGUGUGCGAGAUCCUUAGCAUUCAUGUGAGUGCUGGCCACAAAGAUGAAGCCUCCCAGUCAAAGCGUAAAGACAAAGGAAACCGCGUGAUGCUUCAUGUUGGCAUGCUCAAACGGGAGCCUUACAACCCUGAGCUCUCGAAGACCCCUGUCAAAGAGUUAGAUAUAUCGUCGUCCCAAGUGAAGAGAAGAGUCGUGGCCAUCUCGAAGGAGGACUACGACAAGCUGAAGUAUAAGGACGAGAGCAUCUUCUACUUGGAAGAUGCGAGUGAUCCCGACAAACCCUUUCAGUCGGAGCACAGGUGGCUAACGCAAUGA